AUGACAACUAACCCCACAAUCCCCGCCCUAAAAACCUCCUUCCUAACAACCCAAAUAUCCCUCCUCUCAACCCCUCUAAAACCGUCCUCCAAUCCCCCCAACCCCGUCCAAGACCCCUCCAUCCCCCCAAAAACCAUCACCACCGUCCUCGAAAAAACAAACACCCUCGUUCGUCAACACAAUAAACGGAUUUUCACGCCCCAAGCGACACGGCAUGUUGCGGAGCAGAUCGAUCGGCUGUAUUGGAAUGCUGCGGCUUCUGCGAGUGAGGGACAUGGAGAGGAGUGGAUGAGGAGGGGUGUGGAUUUAUCGAAAGAGGAGGUUAUAGAACAACUCCCGCCGACGUGGCCGGAUGAUGAAGAAUCAGAGGAUGCGGAACGAUACAGCGCGUUACAAGCUCGAUUGGUGGAAUUGGAUGACCGGCGAAGUACGGCGAGGGAGAAAGUAGAGAGUUAUAAGGCGUUGGGGGAGUUGGUGAAGGGGUUAGGUGAUGUGGAGGGGAAUGUGGUUGUUAGGGGUGGGGAGGUGGAGAGGGAGUUGGAGCGGAUGAGGUUGCUGGUGCUGAGGGUUAUGAGGGGGGUCAAUGGGCUGGAGGGGAGGGGUGGAGAUGGGGAAGAGGAAGGGUGGGAGGGUGAUGAGGAUGGUGGGGUUGAGGAGAGGGUUUUGGGCAUUUUGGAGGGUGUGUGA